AUGGAAGAGUUUGGGUUUGGGGCUAGGUGGAGAGGUUGGAUCAAAGAAUGCUUAGUAUCUACCAGAGUCCGAAGGUCUGAAUAUGCUACGCAAAGGGCUAGAUCAUUGGGUCUAUUAAGAGGAGUUGUGGUGGGUCAUGAUGAAGUUAAGCUUUCACAUCUUCAAUUUGCUGAAGAUGCAAUAAGUUUUUGUGAAGCUAAUAUGGAGGAAAUCAUGGCAGUUAAAAGAAUUUUGAGGUGUUUUGAAUUAGUUUCAGGUUUGAAGAUUACCUUCCAUGAGAGCUUCAUGUGUGGUAUUAGUGUGUCAGAGAAUGAGGUGGAGGAGUUUGCAUCCAGACUUCAUUGUAGAUGUCAGAAGCUUCCAUUGACUUAUCUUGGAUUGCCUUUGGGAGCUAGUCCUAGGUUAAAGAAAACAUGGAAGCCUGUCCUUGAUAAGUGUAAAGCCAGAUUAGCUUCUUAG